AAACUGAGCAAUAAUUAACGUUUCAUUCAUGCACUUUCUCUCGCUACUUCGAGGCUUGAAUGUUUGAUUCAUUCAUUAUUCUUAUUUUAUUUUCAAAUGUAUUAUUAGCCUGUGGAAAAAUGUUGAUAUUUACCUCAGAAGGCUGCAAAUAGAAAAGAGGCAUUCAAUUUUUAUUUAAAUUUUAUUUGAUAAGCCAUUGAUAUUUUUUAAUUAUUAUUAUUAGAAACUGGAUUGUGCAUGUCACUAUAAAGUUAUAUAAGCCUUGCUUGUUCAAUAUUCAAUGCAAAACGUGUUUGGGUCCCUAUUAAAAGGUUAAUUUGUUCAACCUCAGUUUAAAAUUUUGGCCCACUCUGUAUUUGACUUUGACACCCCUGCUCUAGAUGGUUGCGGUACAGUAGUUGGUACCACAGGAGCGUCAGAUUCGCGUGCCAACGCAGCUCGGGCGGGCGGGGCGGUGUCUCAGCGGACCUGUUGUGCGGCUCUUCUCGCUGCUCGUGACGGUUUCACUCGCAGGGGCGUCUGGAAGUUUCUCUCACGCACCGCCGCCGCAGGUGAGGAGGAGCCGCCAUGUUGGCCUCCUGGACCCCCCCGUCUCUCCUCCUCCUCCUCCUCCUCUACCUCCUGCCCUCGGACUCCUCGGUGCGCUGGGUGAGCCUGCGCGGCGCCCCCCUCCGCCACCUGCUGCUGGACCCCCAGUCCGGGUGGGUGUACGUGGGCGGGGUGGACCACCUGCACCAGCUGACCUCGGACCUGGAGCCCAUGUUCCAGGUGAAGACGGGCCCCCACCUGGACUCCCCCGACUGCCUGCCCCCCAUCAUACCCGCCCACUGUCCCUCGGCCAGGCCCACCCACAACCACAAUAAGCUGCUGCUGCUGGAGGCGGGGCCAGGGGCGGAGCCCGGCAGCGUCAUCGUCUGCGGCUCGCUCUACCAGGGCAUCUGUGAAAAGAGGAGUGUGUCCAACAUCUCUCAGCUGGUCUACCAGUCGUCCAACCCGGUGGACACGGAGUACGUCGCCGCCAACGACCCCCACGUAUCCACCGUGGGCAUCGUGCUGACCACGGGGGGUGGAGCCGACGGCCCGACGCUGCGUUUCAUGCUGGUGGGGCGGGGCUUCACCGGCAAGGGCCUGGGCGACAUCCCGCCCAUCACGGCGCGCCGUCUCUACCCGACGAUCUUCCCUCGCCGCGCCUUCGGCCAGGAGGACGAGCUGGGCAAGCUGACCAUCGGCAGCUACUCGGAGUACGACAGCCACUUCGUCAAGGCGCUGGCCAUCGGCGACCACGUCUACUUCCUGUUCUCGCGGCGGGACGUGCGCUACAAGAGGGAGUACGGCACCUACGUGGCCCGCCUCUGCGUCGCCGACCGCGACUUCGACUCCUACGUGGAGGUGCCGCUGCUCUGCCGGGGUGGCCACAACCUGGCCCAGGGGGCGUGGCUCGGCCGGCGCUCAGGGAAGCCCGCGCUCUUCGUGGCCAUGGCGGCCGGCUGGGCGCCCACGUCGGUGUCCACGGACAAGUCGGCGCUGUGCGUCUACGGCGUGGAGGACCUGGACGCCGCCAUGAAGGCGGCGCGGGUGUCGUGCUACACCAAAGGAGGGCGCGGGGUCAAAGGGCAGGAGGAGGAGGCCUACGUGGUCUACACGUCCUCGUCUCACUGCCUCACCCUCCCCGAGUCGUCCGUCUCCAAGUACCCGUGCGGGGGGGAGCACACGCCCAGUCCCAUCAGCGGCGCCAAGCCCCUCGAGGCCACGCCCGCCUACACCGCCGCCACCCGCCUGACCGCCGUCGCCUCGACAACUGAGGCCGGGCACACGGUGGCGUUCGUCGGGGACCGCGAGGGACGACUGCACAAGGUUCUGGUGCGGCCGGACGGGUCUGGGGAGCGGUACGGGAGCGUGCUGGUGGACGACGGCAGUGCGGUCAACGCCGACCUCCUAUUGGACGCCGGCGAGCAGAACCUCUUUGUGAUGACCAGCAGCAGGCUGUCCAAGGUCCCUGUGUCGUCAUGUGACCAACACGCCGACUGCCAGUCCUGUCUGGCCACCAGGGACCUGUACUGUGGCUGGUGUGUGCUGGAGGGAAGAUGUUCCCGCCAACACGAGUGUGAGCGCCACCUUCAGGCCAACAACUGGAUCUGGAGUUUCGACCAGUCCAAGCGGUGCGUGACGGUGCGCAGCGUGCAGCCGGCCAAUCAGAGCAAAGACGAGCAGACUCAGGUAACGCUGUCCCUGGCCCUGCUCCCCGUCCUCUCGGCGACAGAGUCUCUCUCCUGUGUCUUUCACGGCCUUCCCCCUGGCCCCGCCUCCAUCGCCGGCACCAGCGUCACCUGCCGCUCCCCCUCGCCGGAGCUCCUGCCGCCGCCGCCCUCAGGACGCGAUCACGUGAUCCUGCCCGUGUCGCUGAUGUUUGGUCAGGUGACCAUCGCCGCGGCCGACGUGGCCUUCUACGACUGCGGCGCCGUCAGCCGCCUCAACCGCAGCUCCCAGUGUCUGGCGUGUGUGGAGAGUGCCUGGAAGUGCAACUGGUGUCCUAUGGACCAACAAUGUACUCACAGAGACACCUGCGCCAGCCGACACGUCAUCCUCAACCAGAGAGACUCCUCCGGUCCGGGCCAGUGUCCUCUGGUCUUCGGUCUUCAGAGUUCCGCCUUGGUUCCCGUGGGCAUGACGAGCAGUGUGGUUCUGAAGGCGCGGAACCUGCAGGUCUACAAGGACGAGGCUCCCUAUGUGUGUGUGGUUGACUUGGAGGGUGUCCAAGUCAACCUGACAGCUGAUGUCCAGAAAAGCCAGGACAACACACACACUUUCACCUGUGGACCCCACCAGUUUGACUACGCUGUCAGUCAGCUGGUUUAUUCGGCGGCCAUCUUCCUGAGGACAGGAACCCGACGCAUCGACACUUUACCUGGUCUUCAACUCCAGUUGUACAACUGCUCGGCCGGCCAAUCAGAUUGCUCGCAGUGCCGGGCGGUCCCUAAGGAGUACGGCUGCGUGUGGUGCGGCGGAAGCCCCGCCCCCAGCUGCGUCUUCAAACAAUCGUGCGCCGGCGUGCCCGCCGACACCUGCCCGCCCCCCCAGAUCACGCAGGUGCACCCCCGCUCCGGUCCGCUGGAGGGCGGAGUCUUGGUGACCAUCAGCGGCAGCAACAUGGGAAUGAGCUACCACGAUGUGAUGGGCGGAGUCACGGUGGCAGGUGUGCUGUGCCCCCCCCAACCUGAAGAAUACCAAAUAUCUACCAGGGUUGUGUGUCGACUGCAGGCCAGCCAGAAGCAGAGGGCGGGGCCUGUCCUCGUUACCGUGGGAACAGGCCCCCCAGGAAGGUCCAUCAUCAACUUCAGCUAUCAGGACCCUCGGAUCCUGGACCUGAUCCCUAAAAGAGGUCCACUUUCUGGAGGGACCCGGUUGACGGUCAGAGGACGACAGCUGCUGACGGGCCAGACGUCCAACCUGAGCGUCUUCCUGGGGUCACACCCCUGCUACACACUGGAGGAGGUCAGCGACAAGCAGCUGGUGUGUCAGACUCCUCCCAGGAACCAGACCGGCAAAGUCCUGGUCCGGGUUUUGUUCGGUAAGGCGGAGCGUUCCAGUCCCAACGUGACGUUCCGCUACGUGGAGGACCCCGUCAUCACCAACGCCACGCCCACGGAGAGCUUCUACGCCGGCGGGCGUGUGGUGGUGGCGAGCGGCAGGAAUCUGGAUGUGGUGCAGCGGGCGGUCAUGUCCGUGUGGGUGGAGCCCGUGGACGUCCAGAGGGUGCGGCGGAGACGACGGGUGGCCCUGCUCAGCGCCAGGCAGCAGGUGGUCUUCAACGGCACCAUGGAGACGGUGUCCGAGCGCUGCGCCGUCCUGUCCUCCUCGCAGAUGACCUGCCCCACCCCUGCGGUCCCCCCGGAGGUCCAAGUGAAGGGCGUCUGGUUCCAGAUGGACAACGUGCGAGUCCAUUACGAGAGCAUCAAGGGCAAGACCUUCACCUACCAUCCCAACCCUCGCCUCUUCCCUCUCAACCGAGAAGCGCCGGACGCGCCGUAUCGCUUCAAAGCCGGCGGCGUGAUCGCCGUGGAGGGCGAGGACAUGACGCGCGCCAUGUCCAGACAGGAAGUGACGGUUCUGCUGGGAGACCAGGAGUGCGAGGUGAAGACCUUGGACGGCACUCACCUGUACUGCGAGCCUCCCGCGGUCCAGCCAAUGAGUGCGGACGACAGCGGCGGUCUUCCCCGCCUCCAGGUGCUGAUGGGACACCUGCAGGUGGACUUGGGCACGGUUCAGUACGACGGCGACUCUCUGCUGCCCCCCAUCCCGCUGGCCGCUCAGAUCGGUCUGGGGGCGGGGGCGGCGCUCAUCAUCCUGUCGGUGCUGGUCGUCAUCCUGGUGUACAGGAGGAAGAGCAAGCAGGCCCUCAGAGACUACAAGAAGGUCCUGUUGCAGUUGGAAACCUUGGAGAUCAACGUGGGCGAUCAGUGUCGCAAGGAGUUCACUGACCUGAUGACGGAGAUGAUGGACCUGAGCAGCGACGUGGGAGGACCAGGUCUCCCCCUGCUGGAUUACCGCACAUAUGCGGAGAGAGUUUUCUUCCCCGGCCACCAGGCGGCGCCUCUGAGUCGGCACCUGGAUCUGCCGGAGUCCAGGAGGCACACGGUGGAGCAGGGCCUCCGUCAGCUCAACAACCUGCUCAACAACCGGCUCUUCCUCACCAGGUUCAUUCACACGCUGGAGGCCCAGCAGGGCUUCUCCCAGCGCGACCGCGGCUACGUGGCCAGUCUGCUGACCAUGGCGCUGCACGACAAGCUGGAGUACUUCACCGAGGUCAUGAAGACUUUGCUGCAGGACCUGGUGCAGCAGUACGUCGCCAAGAACCCCAAACUCAUGCUGAGAAGGACAGAGACGGUUGUGGAGAAGAUGUUGACCAACUGGAUGUCCAUCUGCCUCUACUCCUUCCUCAAGGAGGUGGCGGGCGAGCCCCUCUACAUGCUCUACCGGGCCAUCAAGUACCAGGUGGACAAAGGCCCGGUGGACGCGGUGACGGGAAAGGCCAAGAGGACGCUCAACGACAGCCACUUGCUCCGUGAGGACAUCGACUACUGUGCCGUGGUAACCAUGGCGACACACGUUAUGAGAGUGCGCGGUGUGUGUGGUAUUAAGUGUGUGUUUGCUCAGACUUUGACAGUCCUGGUGAAGAACGGAGCUGAAGUCCAACCGUGUCCCGUCAAAGUGCUGGACAUGGACACCAUCACACAGGUGAAGGACAAGAUCCUGGACCAGGUCUACAGAGGAGCGGCGUUCUCUCAGAGACCGGCGGCGGACACCUUGGACUUAGAGUGGCGUUCGGGUCAGGCGGGUCACCUGACGCUGUCGGACGACGACGUCACAGCCGUGGUUCAAGGCCGCUGGAAACGACUCAACACGCUGCAGCACUACAAGGUUCCAGACGGCGCCACAGUCGCUCUCGUCGCGCGGUCACAGAGUUCCAGCGGCGCUCGAGUCAACCAGGUGUUCCAGACUGGAGAAAAAACGCCGAUGCUGGAGAGCGAAGAAGAGGAGGGGCUUCGACUUUGGCAUCUGGUGAAGAGCAGCGAAGACCCCGACAUCCCCAAACACAGGAAGAGCAGCAUGAGGGAGAGGGAGCGAGCCAAAGCAAUACCUGAGAUUUACCUGACCAGACUGCUGUCCAUGAAGGGGACGCUGCAGAAGUUUGUGGACGACGUCUUCGUGGCCAUCCUGAGCACCAAGCGUCCUCCUCCCAUUGCCGUCAGGUUCUUCUUCGACUUCCUGGACGACAUGGCGGAGAAACACGGCAUCGACGACCCGGAGACCGUCCACAUCUGGAAGACCAACAGUCUCCCUCUCAGGUUCUGGGUCAACAUCCUGAAGAACCCUCAGUUCGUGUUGGACGUGCAGGUCUCAGACAGCAUCGACGCCGUCCUGUCCGUCAUCGCCCAGACCUUCAUCGACUCCUGCACCACCUCCGAGCACAAAGUGGGACGGGACUCUCCGGUCAACAAGCUCCUCUACGCCAGGGAAAUCCCUCGCUACAAACAGUUGGUGGAGAGGUACUACAGUGACAUCCACAGUGCCGCGUCUGGAUGCUACCAGGAGAUGAACUCCACUCUGACCGAGCUGUCAGGGAGUUUUGCCUCCGAGAUGAACAGUCUGGUCGCACUUCAUGAACUCUACAAGUACAUCAACAAAUACUACGACCAGGUCAUCAUGUCCCUGGAAGAAGACAACAGUGGUCAGAAGAUGCAGUUAGCAUACAGACUGCAGCAGGUCGCCGCCCUGGUGGAGAACAAAGUCACUGACCUCUGAUGGCGCCAGGAGGACACUGUGUGUGUGUGUGUGUGUGUGUGUGUGUGUGUGUGUGUGUGUGUGUGUGUGUGUGUGUGGUCCCCACUAUGACAAUCUAACUUGCACUACAGUCCUGUCACAGAGCACAAGUGGUCACAUGUCAAUCAAGUGGUCACAUGACCAAUCAAUGCUGAGUAACGGUGAAGGCAGCAGCACUUGAUGGACGUCACGUCAGCACCGGGAUCUUCUCCUGGGUCCCACCAGGUGACAUGUGGACAACAAAGUGUGUGUGAUUGACAGGUGUGGGCGGGGCCAAUGAGGCGGGUGCACACAAGCUCCGCCUCCAGUGACUAACUUAUGAGUGUACAUACUAAGUCCUAUUUAAAGUUAUUUAUCCCAGCUGUGCCUUGGCCCUGGCAGCCAGGUGACAGGUAACUUCCUGUUGGAACCGCAGGGAGCCACCACACAACUCAAGGGGCGGGGCGGGCGUUGUUGAUAACGUCGGAGGAAUGUAGAGGCCGUGAUGGCGACUAUACCAGCACAAAAUGGUUAGCCAGCUAACGCGUAAUUGUUAGCGAACUAACACGACGGGUGUUACAACAAAAUUGUUAACGAGCUAGCAUGUCAGGUGUUAGCACCUAAUUGCUAGCGAUCUUACACAACAGGUGUUGGCACAUAAUUGUUAGCAAGCUAACGCCACAAGGGUUAGAACAAAUUGUUAACGAGCUAGCAUGUCAGGUGUUAG